AUGUCGCGGCUUUCCCGGUUAUUCGACAAGACUAAACAAACUCAACCUGUUACCUCGGAGGAACCAGACAACUUGGCCUGGACCGAAGUCGGCAAUGCCGCCGACCAUCUCCUAGCAGAGCUGGAAUCUCUCUACUGGACUGGUGUCAACCAAGAACUGGACUGCAUUGUUUCCACUCUACGACAAUGGCAGCAACCCCAGUUCCAGCAUAUUCAUUCGGACGCAGACAAUAUACUGGUCAACGGCUUCGACACCUUCAUCUCCAAUGUCCUCCAGCGGCCAACCGCGACACCUCCCAAGCUACCCUCCCAAGCAUCCAACAUGAUCACCGACAAAUGGCUCCUGGUCAGGAGCGCAGAAAUCCGUACGAUGGAGCUGGCAGCAGCAAAGAUCAGGACGAGGGUGAACGUCGACGUCCAUAAAUGCCUGGCACAGCGUCCUGUUGAGACAGACGCCGCUAAGAGACGAGCACGGUUGCUUCUCCAAGCAGCUGGAUUCUUGGAUAUCGAGCAAACCAUUGAGCAUUCACCAGCGGGAAAUACGCCCAGUUCUCUCACUCCGCAGUUACGAAUGACCAAGAAAGGGUUCAAGGGGUGUCCGGCCGUCUCGGUCCUGCCUUGCAGUGAAUGCAAGCGCGUCAUCCGGGGGAGUAUGUUCGCAGCCAGUGGCGGGUCCACCCAGACAAUCUGCGAAGAUUGCUACUGGGAGCACCAUUACGGAGACCCGGCGUACAUCAAACGAUACAAGCAUUCCAUUGCGUCUGAUGUUGCCGCCGGUGUGAGUAAGCAUGCUCGCUGCGGUUCAUGUCGAAGACACCGGAAUGAGAUUCAACGGCCAUAUGGGCUGCGAACUAAAACAGGGGUGCAUAUGUUGGCCGACGCAAAGUAUCUGAGCAUCAAGGAGGCACAAAAGAAAUCAGGUCUUUCAAUUCGUCCGACUCCCUUGGCCAAGGUAAUUCACAAAGAUCACAACAGUCGGCCUGGCAUCUACUCUGCCGCUUCGAGGUCUGGGGAGAUGCGCCUGGUUGGAGACGAGUGGCUGUACAAGGAUUUCGUCCAGAACCCAUGGAAGAAUAUUCGGGUGGCCGUUCGGAUGGGACCACUUGUGAUUGAGAACGGCAGUAAAGAGAGUCGAAACGGGGCCGGAAUAUCGCUUCGCGAUCCAUUAUUCGGACAAGAGCAGCAAAAGUCGGACCUCGCUUUCCUUGCCAUCUGUGGAGAGACAGAAAGACAGCUAUGGCGCCAUGCCAGCGCUCGUCCACAGAAACGGAAACGCUUCCAAGCGGUGCUGAAGCAAGUCGUCGGGACUCCUUUCACCGGCUGGCCGUUGUCGUCAGCAGAAGAGGAGAUCAUCGAGCUGCUGGUGAAAGUGAGCAGUGACAGCGCCGAGGGUACACGCCAGGAACUGCACGAGAGAGUCAAAGCAUGCCUUAGUCCAUGGGUGUCGGUCUACUUCAAAAGUAUUGUGGGGGGGUUGCUGGACAGCAAGACCACUCUUGCAUGGGACGGAUUGACCAAUAACUGCCAACAGUUCUGUAACUCGCUGAUCGACUGGCAAGUCUUUGGACCACUUCUCGCUCAGUCUUCGAUCACUGGCUCCGACAAGGACCGCCCGCAGCCACUCUACCGCAUGAGCUUCCUCUGUCGUCCUCGCGCAACAGAGAAUCCCUUCGAACACCCAAACAACAUCAUCAACGCCCCAUACGGACUGACAGAGGAGUAUAUCCGCCGCUUUCACUUUGGGUGCUACACCGGCCCGGACCUGAUCGAUUCACUGCACGAGUACUGGUUCGACUGGGGCGGCUUCAAUAAACACCUCUACCCCCAUCAAAGCCUCUUCCCGUGGGACUGCACCGAAGCUCUCAACCGCUACCCCGUCAAAUGCGGCAACUGCACCCUCUCCAAGCACGUCUGGGCCUUCCCCUUCGACUCCUGGUCAAUCAUCGCCCUGCACCUAUCCAGAGACCAAUUCGCGUAUCCCCCCUCCGAACUGAGACCAAAUCCCACCCGCGAAGCGUCCUGGAUAAACCACCGCCUCACCCUCCUCACAGCACUGGACUCCCUCUCCGCCGGCGCAACAGCCAUGUCCCAGAGCCCGCACUUCCAGUCCGCAACGCAAUGGCUCCACAUCCAAUCCGACCCAUCAGCCGACCGAAUCAAACUAGGGGGUAUCAACCGCGCCCAACCAUACAGCCACGCGCUGGAACGCCGCACCCACGACGACUUCUUCGUCGCGAAGUGGGUUUCAGAUCAUAGGUCUUCCGUUCGAACCUAUGAAACCCUGCGGGAUAAGCGGUACUUGCCGCGGACGGCGCAGGAAAGGGAACUGGUGUUCUGGGGCCUUGAGGGGCAGGAGCCGCCGGGGGAGUAUCCGACUUGGGCGGUGGAGUACUCGCAGGUUCCGAAUGCGAACUUUUCCGUGUCCGUCAGUGUUACUACUGGGUGUGGAGCUUGUGGGACGCAGGCGACUGCGGCUGCUUGUGGUACGAACUGUGGUGCAAGUUGUGGGAGUUGUGGCGGAGGCUGUGGUGGCGGAGACAGCGGAGGCGGCGCGUGUGGAGGAGGAAGUGGAGGGGGAGGAAGUGGAGGAGGUUGA